AUGUAACGCAAAUUUCUAGCUGUUAGGAUGUUGCUGAAUGUCACCAACCAAUCAGAGGAUGCCUUCUCCUGCUACAGCGCUUCAGUGGAAGGCUACCGCUACUUUGCAGUCCUGUGGGGAUGCGCGGUCACCAUCACCGGUACGGUGGGGAACCUGAUGACCAUUCUGGCCUUCGCUAUGGACUCACAACUGAGGACCCGCUUUAAUGUGCUAAUCGUCAACCUGGCUGUGGCUGAUCUCCUCUACUGCACCAUUCUGCAGCCAAUCUCCGUAGAUUCCUAUCUGUACCUCAGAUGGCGCAGCGGCGAGCUCUGGUGCAGGACCUUCGGCCUGCUCCUCUUCCUGUCUAACUCAGUCUCCAUUAUCACUCUCUGCCUUGUAGCAAUGAGUCGAUACAUCCUGGUUGCUAAAAGGGCCUUGUUUAACCGGAUUUUUUCAGACUGCGGGCUGGUUUUCCUCCUCUUGUCGACAUGGGCGCUCGGACUUGCCAGCUUCGGCCCGCUCUGGUCCGUUUAUGUGUUUGUGCCUCAAGUUUGCACAUGCAGCUUCCAUCGUACCAGGGGUCGUCCCUACAGCACCAUCCUGCUCUUUUUCUACUUUUUUGUCGGACUGGGCUGCGUAGGCACUUUCUAUCUCCUCAUUUAUCGGCGCGUCCGGGUUGCUUCAAAGGCCCUGCUCCGUUACAGGCUCAGCAGGCGGUCUUCUAAAAAGAAACCGCCCCUCUCUGCACCAGGCACUGAUGACAGUGGUGUGGAGAGUGGGAUGGCCACUGCGAGCACUGAGCUAAGCAACCAGGGCAAACUCAUGCAGAGUAAAGAGGAUGUCAAUAGUGACAAUGCACCCUUCGAAGCACAGGACGAGCCAAUAAAUCAAUUGGGAGGAAGCAAGUCAAUUCCUGAUGUUGUCAAUAAGCCACAUUCAAGCCCACCUGCGCCCAACUCUGCGGCAUCCCACACAGCAUCCUCAGGAGACGAUGGAGAAUUUAGGCGCGUGACUCGCAUGUGUUUUGCGGUUUUCUUGUGUUUUGUGUUUUGCUUCGUCCCCUUUAUGUUACUUAAUAUUGUUGAUAAGAGUGGUCGUGCCCCGCAGGUGCUGCACAUGUUCUGUGCAAACCUCACCUGGCUCAACAGCUGCAUCAACCCUGUGCUCUACGCUGUCAUGAACCGACAAUUCCGACGAGCCUACCAAUUGCUGCUCACCAGGGCAGUGACACCAUUCACAUGCCGCUAG